AUGAACAAACCAGAAGUCUUUAUGAGAAAGCUUCCAAUCACCCCAGGAUAUUCUGGAUUCAUGCCUCUCAGAUCCAGCAGAAUGGGGGCUUCUUACAGACAGGACACCACUUACUGUCUGCACACAUUCAAUAAUAUGACUCAGAGACAGAAAGAUCAACGGGAUGCAUUGCGAUGCAAAGCACUCACCACAGAGAGACUACAAGCAGUCUGUUCCAAGGAAACGGUUUUAAGGAUGAUACAUGAUUAUUAUCUCCGCUACCACCCAAAUCAGAUAGAAGGGAAAUAUGAAAAGAAACCUUUACAAGAACCACCCAUUCCUGGCUGGGAUGGCUACCUGCCAAGAGCCAGGGUUACAGAACUUGGCUGUGGGGAGCGUUAUCAUGUGGUGGCAAAAAAGAGUUAUGCAGAUUUCUUGAACAUAACAGAAACACACAAGAGAGGUCCAUUUAAACGAUAUCAGAGCAUAAUGGGAGAGCAACCACUUAAAACUGCCCCAACAAUUCCAGAUUUUUGCCAAAAAACAAAUCUAAACCGUCCAAAUGAAGACACCAAUAUAAAACCCAUUGAGGAGAGCCAAGCACCCCUUCCAUGCCGCAUCUCUCCAAAACCGUAUCAUGGACCUUGUGGAUUUCGGAAAUACCUAGAUCCACUGCCCUACACAGGCUACGCAGGGGGUGGUUCUAUAUUCUUCAAAGUUGACAUAAAUGGAGGCCCCAGCGAGAUUCGAAGUUAUGGCUGCCUAAGGCGCCUUUUAGUGGAAUCCAGACAUAUGGUGCCCACAGGAAUGCAUUGA